CAUGCGAAUAUUUGUUACAUUCCCUGUCUUUUUUUUGCAAAUCCUUAAAAAAUAAAAACAUUGAAUCGUUAAAAUCAGGACUAUUAUAAAGGACAGACCUUCAGUUGCAUAUAUAUUGUGAAAGAGCUGCAGACUAUAGUUGCAAAAGGAAUUCUGAAAACCUUAUAUACAGACCAUAGUCUUCCACCAUUUCAGUGAGGACUACGUUGUUAUUGAUCAUCCCAUAAUGGCAGACGCGCCAGUUAACGUGAUAAAUGUUGAAGUAAAUGGGGUGAAGUAUACGAUUUCAAACACCAAUCCGAGGAUAUCUUUGAACGACUGGCUGAGAUCUCAACCUGGGUUAAAAGGAACCAAGGUGACAUGUCAGGAGGGUGGUUGUGGCUCAUGUGUGGUCGCAUUAACUAAACAAGACCUGGUCACAAAGAAAGAUAAAACAGUUGCUGUUAACAGUUGUCUAUUCCCUCUAUUUGCCGCGGAUGGAUUUAAGAUCACAACAACGGAAGGAAUUGGCAGCAGUCGCAAUAGCUAUCAUGCAAUUCAAGAACGUAUUGCUAACGACAAUGGCAGUCAAUGUGGUUACUGUACUCCUGGAAUGGUCAUGAAUAUGUACAGCUUGCUCUCGGAAAAUCUCAAACCAACCAAACAAGAGAUAGAGGAUGGUUUUGAUGGGAACCUCUGCCGUUGCACCGGCUAUCGUCCCAUUCUGGAUGCUAUGAAGUCAUUUGCAAAAGAUGAGAACCCUAUUGAUAUUGAGGAGUUGCAAUGUUGCCUUGGAAAAGGAGGUUGUUGUGGUGAAACAAGAACUUGUCAUGGGUGUUAUUUCAGCUUGGGAGAGACGUCUGGUCCACAAUGGUAUAAACCUUCGUCUCUCACAGAACUCUACAGCAUUCUGAAAGGACAAUCUGGGUCUGUAAGGCUUGUUGUAGGAAACACUGGAAAAGGAGUAUACAAGAAUGACGGUGAUUUUGAUGUUUAUGUACACAUUGCGGAUAUUCCUGAUCUAAACACUGUUAAAACAACUGAUUCAGCUCUAGAACUUGGUGCUGCCGUUCCACUGAAUAUUCUAAUCAGAGAAUUGUUAAAUAAUUCCAAGAAAUCCACGUCAUUCGAAGUUCUUGCAACUCAUAUCAAGAAGAUAGCCAAUGUACCUGUGAGAAACGUUGGCUGCUGGGCUGGUAAUCUCAUGUUACUCCACAAACAUCGAGAGUUUCCCUCGGAUAUGUUCACAAUAAUGUCUGCAGUUGGUGCUACUUUGCUUAUUGGUUCUGUUGACAGUUCAACACAAUCUUACAGUAUGGAGGACUUUUUAUCACUUGAUAUGAACAGCAAGGUUAUUAUUAGCAUCAAUAUACCGUUCUCUGCUGCAGAGGAGGUUGUCAGAACAUUUAAAAUAAUGCCAAGACAUCAGAAUGCGCAUGCGUAUGUGAAUGCUGGGUUUAGAGCCUCGAUCGACUCAAGUCUCACGGUGAAGAGCGCAGCGACCUUGGUGUUUGGUGGAGUUAAACUUUCCCCGAUGCGCGCCAGUGCAACUGAGCAAUAUCUUUCCGGGAAAAAUCUUCUCCAGUUAGCUACACUAAAAGGUUGUUUGAGUGCAUUGGAUAAGGAAAUUGUUCCAGAAGCGUCCCCACUUGCAGCCAGCACGGAAUACCGCAAGAGCUUAGCCAUUAGUUUGUUUUACAAGUUCUAUCUUGCAUUGCUUGGUGAUAAAGCUAGUGAAAAGUUUAGAUCGGCUGCAGUCCCCUAUGUACGCGCAAUCUCGUCCGGUCAACAAAGUUAUGACACGACAGCAAGCGACUAUCCCUUGACGGAACCGAUGACAAAGAUGUCUGCGAAAUUACAGGCCUCAGGCGAGGCACAGUACACAGGCGAUAUACCUGAAACGCCAGGAGAGCUGUACGGGGCGUUUGUUACCGCGAUCAAGGGUAAUUGUAAAAUUGCAAGUGUUGACACGUCUGCGGCAUUGAGCAUUCCUGGUGUGCUGAAGUAUAUAGACGCAAAAGACAUCCCAGGCGUUAACAAUUUUGUUGGUUCUUUUGCGUCGCUAGAGAAGGUGUUCUGUGAAAGCGAGGUUGGCUAUGCUGGUGAGGGGGUUGGAAUGAUUAUUGCAGAAAGCCAAAGCUUGGCAGACGAGGCUGCAGAGAAGGUGAAAAUUACUUACUCAGAUUGUAAACCGCCGAUAGUGACUGAAGAGGAUGCCAUAAAAGCAAAGUCGUUUUUUUCGGACCAAAUUCUCAGCAAAGUUUACGGCGAUCCUGACGGAGCUAUGGCAUCUUCUGCGCAUGUCAUAAACGGGGAAAUUAAACUUGGAACACAACAUCAUUUUCACAUGGAAACACACACAUGUCUCUGUAUCCCUGGAGAGGAAGAGAUGGAAGUGUAUGCCUCGACACAGUCCACAGAAAAUACUCAAACCGCUAUUGCUCAAUUCUUAAAAAUGCCGGAGAAAAGUAUUCACGUGACGUGCAGGCGAUGUGGUGGUGCGUAUGGCGCGAAAGCUAUUCGUGAGGCGGUCAACUCAAGCGCGUGUGCAUUGGCUGCUCACAUCAUGAACAGACCGGUCCGCACAAGAAUGAAGCUAAAAACAAACAUGGAAAUGGUUGGAAAGAGAUUUUCUUAUCUUGCCCAGUACAAGGUUGGUGUAUCUGAAGAAGGGAUAUUGAAGGCGGUCGAUAUGACCUACUAUACAGCUUGUGGUCGUGCAACAACCGAGGAAUCGUUUUCAGUCAUGCCAGUCUUCUUUGACAAUGCGUAUUAUUGUGAAAAUUGGAAAUUUCAUGCUGUACCGUGCAAGACAAACACAGCGACGAACGCCUUUACACGUUCACCAGGAUCAGUACCAGCAAUAUUUAUCAUUGAAACAGUAAUGAAUCACGUGGCCAAAGUUCUAAACAAAAGUCCAGAUGAAAUACGACAGAUUAAUUUCUACAAACAAGGACAGACCACCUAUUACAAACAGCCACUUCCGUACUGCAGUAUUUCAAAAAUUUGGCAAGAACUGAAAGUAUCAAGUGAAUUUGAUAAAAGAAAAGCUGCCAUUGUGGAGUUCAACAAAGCAAACCGCUGGCGUAAACGCGGCAUAAGUCUCGUUCCACUGAAGUAUGGUGUAGACUGGGUAGGCAGUCGUUUCACUGCUUACGUCGUCAUUUAUCGCAAAGAUGGAACAGUCUCAAUAUCACACGGGGGCGUGGAAAUGGGCCAAGGAAUAAACACGAAGGUUUGUCAGGUAGCAGCGUAUAUUCUUGGCCACGGACUGAACGUUGAUCAAAUCUCUGUCAGACCCGCUUCAAGCUUCAUUAACGCAAAUGGUACACCGUCAUGGGCUAGUAUCACCAGUGAAUUAUGCAGCGAGGCUGUUGCAAAUUGUUGCACUGCACUUAAGGAGAGGAUAACAGCUGUUGAGAAAGAUAUGCCAAGUACUGCAACGUGGGUUGACAUUAUCGAGAAGUGUUAUGAAGUGGGCGUUGAUCUAACGGAAAAAUACAUGGUGUUUCCACAAAAGAGUCACCAGUUCAACUACAUGAGCUAUGGGACCACGUGCACCGAGGCUGAGAUCGACGUUCUUACUGGUGAAACAGAGAUACUAAGAUCUGAUAUCCUUUAUGACUGUGGCAGAAGUAUGAAUCCAGAGAUUGACGUCGGUCAGGUUGAAGGUGCAUUUAUCAUGGGUCUUGGUAACUGGCUGAUUGAAAAAGCAGUUUAUGAUCCCAAUACUGGACUUGAACUGACCUCAGGGACUUGGGAUUACCAUCCACCGUUUUCUAAGGACAUUCCUGUUGAUUUCCGGGUGUCUCUUCUCAAAGACGCUCCUAAUCCAUUAGGAGUUCUUCGCUCAAAAGUGGUCGGAGAACCACCUCAGUGUAUGUCGUGUUCUUGCCUGUUUGCUGUACAAGAUGCUAUCUACCAUGCCCGCGAGGAGACUGGACAGGACAAAGAAUAUUUUGCCUUGGAUGGUCCGGCGACAGUUGAAGCUGUACAGCUAAAAUGCUUGGUCAAAUCUGACCAAUUUUUGUUUUAAUGGCCUUGCCGUAUAUGCCAAAUAUAUCUACAUGUGUCUCAUGUUGCUGUCUGAAAAUUGUUAAAAGAGUUAUAUUAACCAGUUAAUUGUUAGCUAUUAAUUAAUCAAAUAAAUCUUUCGAUCUUUUCAUUCUUCCCAGGCUGUAUAUCUGAUGUAUUGAUUGUAUAGGCCUACCUCGGCCAAUUUUCGCGAAAAUGGCUGAAAUUGGCGACUUUUGGAAAUUUUCUUAAAAAUAUGUUAACAUGCAUGCUGACAAAUCUCGUAAAGAUGAACGUGAAGACUACUCGCUCAGCCAAAUUCAAAAUGGCGAUGCCGAUGAAAACCAUUCACGUGGACCGUUCGCGGACCUUUCUGGGCAAGAUUGUUGCGAUGUCUGGUCAAAGUGAAGUAUUUUACUUUACUGUUUGUCUGCCUUCUGCUGGUCGUUUGGUCAGAAAUAACAAAAAACCGUAUACAAUAUAAAAUACUCUGCCCACAAGGUUAUCAAAAGUUUCCAGCUCUAAUUCUGCCUGCAAUGCCAAUGAUGAUCAUUUUUCACUGAGAAUCAGUUAUGUCAUAAGCAACUUCCGCGCCCAGACCGAUGCAGAAUUGAACAUUUUGUCGUUAGGUUCACCUUGAAGGCCUGUUAUCAAGAUGAACGUCAAGAGAAAAGAUAACAAAAAUCAGUUAAAGCCUCGGUCGGCGAAAUUCAAAAUGACGAUGCCAUGAAAAUCAUCCACCUGGACUUUGCGGACCUUUCUGAGGAAGAUUGUAGCGCUGUCUGGUCAAAAUUAGAUUGGUGGCGAUCGAAGGUGGACAGCAAGAUCGAAGCUCAGCAAGAUUGAAGAUUGUUCGAGGAAGAAGGAGUUCGCCGUUGACUAAAAGGUUUAUCUGAACAGCUAGUUGUCAAGAUGAAGGUGAAGACUCGCCCGGCCAAAUUCAAAAUGGCGAUGCCAAAGAAAACCAUCCACGUGGACCGUUCGCGGACCUUUCUGAGCAAGAUUGUUGU